AGUUUUCUUUAACUAUAAAAACUCAGUUGCUUUACAUAACCAAGGAGAUUCUGUUCUUUUUUAGCCCCUCAGUUAAAAUGGCAUCUAUCAAGUCUUUGAAUUUAAUAGGAAAUUUAAACAAGGUAAUCACCAGAAGAUCAUUUUCAACAACAAAUGCUGUAGCCUCCAAGCCAAUGACUGUCAGAGAUGCUCUUAACUCAGCCAUGGACGAAGAAAUGGAAAGAGAUGAGAGGGUGUUUAUUCUAGGUGAAGAGGUAGCUCAAUAUGAUGGAGCUUACAAAGUAACCAGAGGUCUUUGGAAAAAAUAUGGAGACAAAAGAGUCAUUGACACACCAAUUACUGAAAUGGGAUUUGCUGGUAUUGCAACUGGUGCUGCGAUGGCUGGUUUGAGGCCCAUUUGCGAAUUCAUGACUUUUAACUUUGCUAUGCAAGCAAUUGAUCAAAUAAUUAAUUCUGCUGGCAAAACCUUCUACAUGUCAGCUGGACGUGUAAAUGUACCAAUGGUGUUCAGAGGACCUAAUGGAGCAGCUUCCGGUGUAGCUGCCCAACAUUCACAAUGUUUUGGAGCUUGGUACGCCCAUUGUCCGGGAUUGAAGGUUAUUUCUCCAUACAAUUCUGAAGAUUGUAAAGGACUAUUAAAAGCAGCCAUUAGAGAUCCAGAUCCAGUAGUGUUCCUAGAAAACGAAUUAUUAUAUGGUGUUCAAUAUCCGAUGUCAGACGAAGCCUUAAGCAAAGAUUUUGUACUACCUAUAGGAAAAGCUAAAAUUGAAAAACCAGGAAAACAUAUAACAUUUGUAGCUCACUCGAAAGCCGUAGAAUUGUGUCUCGACGCUGCUAAAGAAUUAGCUGGUAAGGGCAUCGAAGCCGAAGUUAUUAAUCUCAGAAGUCUUAGACCAUUAGACACAGAUACAGUGGCGAAAUCAGUUGCUAAAACCCACCACCUUAUAUCAGUUGAGUUAGGUUGGCCAACAUGUGGUAUCGGUGCUGAAGUGCUCGCAAGAAUAAUGGAAACCGAAACAUUCUUCCAACUAGAUCAACCUGCCAUCAGGAUCACAGGAGCCGAUGUUCCUAUGCCAUACGCAAAAUCCUUAGAAGCCGCCGCUCUUCCAACGCCCAAAGAUGUAGUCGACGCAACGAAAAAACUAUUGAAAGUCAAGUAGAUCUCGUAGAAUUAUCCAGUAACAAAAUCAUCAUAAUACAUUCGAUCAACAAGAUGAAACUGCAAGGAAGAAAGUUCAAAGUAGAAUUCUGAAGGCAUUAGGUUCAAAUGAAACUUUUUUGAUGUAAAAUAUGUCAAAAGUACAAUUCUGUAGGAUAGAUUUUUAGUUUUUUAAGUUUUAAAUGGGCCUUUGGGUUCGCUUAUAAUACGAAUACUAAAAUGAAUUUCAAGAUCCAAUUUUUUGGAAUUUGGUUAUAUAAUUAAUAUGCCGUAAACAUUCUUCAGAAUUGGUAUGUAAUGGCGUAUUCUACAUCAGUUAAUAUUGUAACAUAACCUCAAUUUUUCUCAGGUAAAACUUGCAAUAGUCAAUCUUUAAAAUACUCAAAAACGUAAUUUUGCUUACGUCGAGAAUAGGUUAUCUCUGCAACAAGAGGUUGUGUUGAAAAGUAUUACGCAUGAAGUUAUUAGGUCAAAAUCUGUGAUAUACGAGGCACUAGAAAUUGCGUCUUAAUUUGUGUUUGGUAACUCGUUAUCACUUUUUAUAUAUUUUAUGAAUUAAUUUCCUAUAUUUUGUAUCUUUAUUUUAGUAGAUAUUAGUUUUCCUUUGGGACGCAAUUUAAAAAAUAGUUUUUAAUUCUAAUCACUUUCUAGUUACCUUGUAUAUCUCGUGUUGUAAUGAAAUUGUGAUUGCCUAAUUGAAAAUAGCAUUUUAUUUACAAAUACUUAUUGCACAAAUUACUCAAUUUUUCAAUUUUUGUCUUUUAAUGUUUUGUUUUGUUGCGUACCUUUAUUUAUCCAAUCAAUUUUACUUGAUUAAUUCCUCGCAUGUAAAUUAUCGAAAAUAAAUUAUUAUUUGUUAUAU